GAUACGACAAUUCGUGCUGUGAGUGGUCAUAAAGGAUUGAAUGUGUUGAAAUGUAUUUUGAAUUUAAAUAAAGGAGAAGGUUUUGUUUGGUUUCUAUGCAAAACGUAUAAGCAUCCUAGUUCAGUAUGGAAGAUAGGACUGAAAUAGCAAACUCAGCAUUACAAAACCAUGAUAAUUCGGAUUCGGAUGAAUUCUUUGAAUCAGCAUCGGAAGAUACAAAAGACGAUGUAUGUGCUUCUAGUAAUGCAGAUAGUUAUACAUAUGUAUCUGUAAAUAGGCCAGGACUCUUAGAUUUGUCAGAUGAUGAAACAUCAGAUGAACUCGGCUCAAUCAGCAACGAGAUUUGCUCAAAUGAGAUUGCAGUUGAAAAACGUUCUUUACAAGGUGCUUCUAUUUGCCCCGAGGUACAACAUGUAGGCAAUUUGUGUAAAUUCAAAAGAGCUCAUAGUUGUGAACCCUGUGAAAUUCAAGGCAAAACUGCCCCGGCUUCGACGUUUUGUCCGAGUUGUGAAAACGAGAUGUAUUGCGAAAUCUGCUCAACAAUACACAGGUCAUUGCCUAUUACGAAAUCACACGAUCUUCUGGAUAUUUCCGAACAUCCUGAAUACACACAGAUUGAGAAUGUAAAUAUCCCAACCUGCGGUCUCUGCCUUUUGCAGAACGUUGGUAAUGAAGCAAGUGUCCAAUGCAUGCAGUGUGAAACGUUUCUCUGCGAUGCAUGUUCCAACCAGCAUAAGGCUCUAAAAGCAACCCGCUCACACCAACUAACAUCAAUUGUGAAAACAAUCGAACGGUCACAUGUAUAUUGCGGCGACCACAACAAUUGGGAAUUAUCUCAAAAGAAUGUUGUAUCUACAGACACAAUGAAGUUGAAACAACCGGGUCGACCAGAAGCUUUUGAUAUUACUUCUGAUUCUUUGACGCUUUCAUGGACAAAACCUGCCCUUCAAGCGGAAAGGGAUUAUUUUCAAAUAGAAUAUAAAGAAUUAAUACCAGGGUCAAAGUGGAAAACUUUUGCCGGGGAAUUUACUGCAUCAACGCAAAUUCUGACGAACCUAAAAUCAGAAACAGAGUUUAUAUUUCGGGUACGGGCAAUUCAAUGCGACGGUGAAGGUCCGUAUAGUGAGGAAAGUGCGGUUGUCAAAACGCACAUUUCCACAGCCUCAUGUCUGAUUGGUUUCUCCGUCCGCCUUGGUGAAGAAACCAAGUCACCGAUUCGGUAUGCCUUGCCAAUGUGUGAAGUUAAAGAGGCAAGAAAUAGUAGGGCUAAGACACGGAAAUUCGAAGUGGGAUCGCCAUCAGACACUGAUUGGAAGGACAAGACCUUGCUGAUGAUUGGAGAGACAGGGACAGGCAAGAGUACCCUGGUUGAUGGAAUGGCCAACUACAUACUUGGAGUUGCAUGGAGCGAUCCGUUUAGGUUUAACAUCGUAAAUCUGGAGGAAGAAGAAAAACAAAAGAUAGGAAAUCAGGCCGUGUCCCAAACAGAGUGGAUUACCUGCUACACUAUUCACCCUCAAGCGGGAAGCAGACUUCCGUACACAAUCAACAUGAUCGACACACCAGGCUUUGGUGAUACAAGAGGACUUGAACGAGAUCAGGAAAUUGUGGACCAGAUUCGAGAGUUGUUUUCAGAAAAACCUCCAAAGGGUGUAUUAUAUAUUGACGCAGUUUGCUUCCUAAUAAAGGCACCUGAUGCACGUCUUACGCCAAUUCAGAGCUAUAUUUUUCAGUCCAUCAUGUCGUUGUUCGGAAAAGAUAUAAAAGACAAUAUAUGCUCUCUGAUAACAUUUGCGGACGGUAUGGAUCCUCAAGUUUGCGCAGCUUUGAAUGAGUCGGGAUUGCCGUUUGGAGAAUUUUUUACGUUUAAUAAUGCUGGCCUUUUUGCAAACAAUGAGGGUCUGUCUCAAAGCUGUCUGUCGCCAAUGUUUUGGGAAAUGGGGCUCGUAAGUUUCAGAAACUUUUUUAAGCAUCUCGAUACCUUAGCAACACAAAGCUUGCAAUUGACGAGCGAUGUUCUGUAUGAACGAAGUCGCUUAGAAGCAACCAUCCAAAACCUCCAACCAAAACUAGAUAUUGGUCUCAACAAAAUGAAUGAAUUAAAAGCUGAAAUCAAAAUAGUUCAAGACAACAAGUCCAUCAUCGCCGACAAUAAGGAUUUUACGUAUGUUGUACCAACAACGCAUCAGAAAAAAGAGCUCUUCCAAUGGGGAUACAUGUUACAAACUGCAUAAAUUGCAAUUUUACAUGCCAUAAAAGUUGCAAGUAUGCAGAUGAUGAUGAUAAAAUCAAAUGUAAAGUGAUGGAUGCUGAUGGCUAUUGCACUGUUUGUCCUGACGAAUGUUUUUGGGAGGAUCAUGCAAAUACACCAUACAUAUUUACAUAUAAACUUGUUGACGAAACGAAAACAUAUAGUGAAAUGAAAAGAAAAUACGAAGAAGCAUCUGGUAAAAUACUAUCACAGGAACAAAUUUUAGAUCAAAUGGGCGAAGAACUCGAUGAAAUGGUAGACAUUAUCGAAGAUAUGAUGAUUACUGUCCGAGACUGUAAUACCAGACUAGCGGAAAUAGCCCUGCGUCCGAAUCCCCUUUCAAUGGUAGAACACAUUGACUUGAUGAUCCAGAAUGAAAAGAUGACUAAAAAGGACGGUUGGUUUGAGAGGAUUCAGACGCUUGAUAGGUUUCGAAAAAGGGCUUUGGUCACAAAUGAAGUUGAACACUUUCACAGGGAAGCAAAAACCCUUGGGGUGACAGGAAAGAAAGUUCAAAACAAAAAGACUGUUUUAAAGCGAUUUGGAGAUCUGUUUGGUUGGUAAUGGCCUAUAAUUAAACACCAUUUGUUAGAAAGAAUAUUUCGAUUGUUCUUUGUGUGUGAAAAUUAACUUGAGAUACUUUCAGUUGGAAAAUAUGCUGGACUUUUGCACUCGAUUUCUAAAAAGGUGUAUUCAUUUUUCUCGCUGUAAAAGUGCCUAUAAGGUACAAUAUAUUUGUCAACCCGAACUUAAGAUAAAAUAACUGACUUUUAGUAAUAAGUUAAAAAUGAAAUGUAUUGUAUUAAGACUACAGCUUUCGCCAGCCGAACAGCCAGAGGCAGAACAAGGUGUAGUAGUAGUAGUAGUAGUAGUAGUAGUAGUAGUAGUAGCAGCAGCAGCAGUAGAAAUGGUAGUAGUAGUAUGUUGUUGUUGUAGACGUUGUUGUUGUUGCUGCUUCCGGUGUUGUUGUAGCGGUAGUUGUAGUUUGAAAUAGGUUAUUGUGUUUUCAUUCUGCUCUUUUAAAUGUUGUUGUUAAAAUUUUCUUUUUGUUCAUGCGUGUGUUUUGUAUUUCGGGAUGUGGCUGUUUGUCUUAUUUUAUAUUCUCUGCACGAAAUUGUUCAAGGAAAGUGACUAACUACCAUUUGACCUUUGACCUUAAAUUGCGUUAUCUUUGUGUUAUUCCAAAGAAUAUAUCUGAAACAUAAAAUACAGUAUUUAUAUAUUUAAAUACAUAUCAAUUUUUAUUCCGAAUACGAACUUAUCCAUAUAUUAUUUUAUUAAGCCAUUUGUUAUUUCUGUCACAAGUU